AUGGCGGAAGGCUUGGGUCUUGCCGCCAGCGUUAUAGCUGUUGCCGACCUCGCUGGAAAGACGAUCUCCCUCACCAUCAAGCUCAAGGCGCUCUGGGAAGAGGUCAAAGAUGUGCCGGUCACCCUUAUCGACAAGGCAGAGUAUCUCCAACAUCCCGAAGAGCUUUUUGGCCUAGCAGAACAAGAUGCCGCAGAAGAUUCCACGCCAACUGCUAUUUGGAACGCCAUUAACCGAGCUCGCGCUGCCAAGAACGAUGUUCAGAGCACGAUCGAUGCAUACACAGAAGAACUAGCCAACAGGCGGCAAUUCAGGCGCAGAAUCGCUGCUGCCAAGGUCGUCAUCCAGAAAGAUAACCUCAGGACGGUAGAGCAAAAGCUUGACAGGGCUUUAGAGCUCUACAAGCUUGCUAAUGACGUCCUCGCCGAGCCAAUGAGUGCUGUGGUCAUCUCCGCAACCACCCAGAGCCCUGUCAUCGAUCCAGGAGACUCCAAAGGCUAUAGCUCGAGUCAGAUUAUUACAGUCAAGGCUGCUAAGCCAAGGACGAAAGCCAUUUUUGAGGGUCCUUCAGCACUGGGUCGAUUGUGUUUCGGCUACUACGACGAAAUCUACAGCUUCUCUGUGAGAGUCCCAGACUGGCUGGGUGGGAAGGUUUACUCUGCAAUGGUCCAAAGGAGCAUUGCUGGCUGGCAAUCCUUCCUUUCAGUGUAUCCCACCAUUCACCUUUUCGAAGACGAAGUCUUCGAUAUAAUACAGGAAGACGACAUUACUGCUUUGCAAAAGUAUCUUUGCGAAAACAACCUCACGUCAUUCGUCCAUAACAGUUACGGUUUUAACUUGCUCCACUUUGCUUUAAUAGACGAGUCUGUUGGGACAGCAAAGUGGCUCUUGAGCUGUGGCCUGCACCCAGGCUCAUUCGAUGAAUGCGAUGCUGGCUAUGUUCUUUCAAUGGCAGAGUCACCUGUUGAGUUUUAUAUCGCGAAGUUUGAUUCAAAGAAGCAAAGUCAUCAAGUUGAGAUCCUCAAGCUUUGUCAGGAUUAUAUGCCCGACACGAUUGAGUCAUUUGAUCUGAUUUGGGCUACAAUGAUCUCGGACAGAUCAUAUGAGGAUUUCACAGCAUUACAAAUGGUGAUAGAACCUCGCUAUUCCGCUUUUGAUCUGUACACGAGAUAUGCACACGCAUGCGAUGGCGUAAGUUUCAGCGAUUGGAGUUGGCACGAAGUCAAAAAGGUUUUACCCGAAGCCGAGACUCUCACCAAACACCUCAUCGAAAUCUGCAGAAGUCACCAGUGGGAGAUGGGGCUUCCAGUAAUAGCAGCAACAGGUCUGUCCAGAGAUCUCCGAAGACUACACGACAGAAGGUCGAUUUUGCCAGUGAACUGCAGCUUCUAUCGAGUUCUGAGCGAUAUCGCCCGGAUUGACCCGGAAGACAUCAUAUCUCCUCUCAAAGGCAAUUACUUGGGCAUGGCUGGAGUUACACAAUUGUACAGAUUUCUCCGGCGAUUAACCUGGAACUGGAAUCCGCCCGAAGUCCUUGAUCAGCUUCUUCGGUCAGCAAUUACACAUUGGGCGACCGCUCUCUACGACAGUGGUGUUGAUCUCUUGCAUUAUGGUCGAAAAGAGAGAAAUCACUACCAAGAUCUCGGCUGGUAUCUGAUUGGGAUCCCUUACACCUGCUCCUUUCUCGGUAUCACGUACGGCUCAUUGCCCGAGCAAUGGAGAUUAUGGUGGGCUCCGAAUGUCAAUGAUUACGCGGCAGACUUUUGGAAUAUGGUGGAAAAUCCAGGUUCAGCUCCCUCUGGUUUCAACGUCCCGGGAGGUUGGACAGACGACUUUGACGGCGAGAAUGGCGGUGAAGAUGAGGAGAGAGUCCCGUUCAUUUGGUCGGAAUAUCGCAAGAACAGACCUCCAAUUUGA